ACAGUUUGAGGAUCCCCAGGCUGUGUGCUAGGCAGCUUCAGUGGCUUGAAUGCGACCUCACAGUAAACUCAGCUUGAGCAGGAAUGACUCAUAGAAACUUGGUAGUCUUCACUUGUGGUGCCAUCAGCCUGAUAACCCAACCCAGGGGGCUGCAAAGCUCGACUGCAGGAUUUCAACAGAGAAUAGUCUCAAAACGGAUUUAGGGUGAAGGAUGAUCGACAGUGUCAGUCAGUCAAGCAGAAGACCAGAUGAUCCAACAAGAAUAGAAUUUAAGAACAAAACAAAGUGAGGAUGCUCUAUGUGCUGAUAGAGGCACAAAGGGCCUGGCUGGAAAAAGUGCAGAAAGACAGUGAACUGACGAAACGAGAGACCCGAGCUAUCCCAGGAGACAAAGGCUUUGAAACUGGACAGUCUGGUUUGGGAGUCCUUAGGCCACCCUUCACCAAAGAGCCUGUCCCUUCCCUCCUUCAGCCCCAAAUACAAGAUUCUGAGUGGUUCACAUUGAGUCCACAGAAGAGAUUGGCUUGGGCAAAAGCAUCCAGAGACCCUAGGAUUGCAGAAGGUGAACAGUCUCCACUAGAGAAAAGGCUCCGGAGUCUUGGUGGUGUACAUACUACAGCAGCAAGACACUUGGUAACUCAGAAAUGCCAAGAGGAGAGCAAAGCACUCUGCAGGGAGCAAGCUCGUUCUCUUGACUACUGGCUUGCAAAAGCAGAGUCUUAUUAUAAUAAAAGAAUAGUGGAAAUGAUGAAAAAAGAAGACACUGGCAGUGAAACAAAGAUGAAAGUGGAAGAGGAAACACCACCAAGCACAGAUGGGAAAAAAACGUAUCAUUUGGUGCCUGCGAGAGAGAAGAAACAAAUAGAAAGGCACAUUCUUAGGACAGGACAGGCCAGAGAAUUUAAGAACAAACCCUGGAGACAGACACAACCCCUCAGUGAAACAACACUACCCAAAAUUGUGCCAGAAACGCAGAGCAUCCCGAAGGCACUGAGAAGAAGGCAGGUCAACGAGAGAGAACUACACCAAAUUAAAGAGCAUCAAGAACGCAUGAUCCGAGGGAGGGAGCUUCUAGAGCAAAGACUCAAAGACAGGAUCUUGAGAAAAAGCCAGAGCCAGAUCCCACCACCUGAGAGGCGCAGUCGAGUGAAGAAAGAGAGAAAGGAGUUCGAAAGGGUGGUAGCAUACCCACUUUUCCAGCCAUCCAAUACAAGUCGGAUCAAAGUGGAUAUUCUUAUAGAGAAAUCGCAGGAUGAAGAGGAAGUGAGCACAAUUAUCAAACCUUAUAGAAGGAGAUUCUUAGCUGUGCCACCCUUUUUGAGAACUCAAAUAGGAAAAAUAAAGGAUCAGUAAAGUUUCAUAA